CCCACUCCACCUCCUCCUCCUCCUCCUCUUCCGUGGCUGAACAGAGCAGCUUGUGUUCGGCUUCCUGGCAGGCUCCCCGCUGCCUCCACCUUCCCGGAUCCGUCUUGGUGGCCUCCCUCGCCUUGGGGCCGUUUCUCCAUCUCUCCUUCUCAGGACGUGGCUCUCCGAUUGUCAUCCUCACCUUCUGGACUACAACAAGCGGCAGAAGAAGGACGGCAAUCCAAAUCAAAGCAGGGAGAGGCUCAGCGGUGUGGGAAUCGGAGAUCAGGACGCGAGGCGCUGCCCUCCUCCUCCUUCUCUGGCAUCCCAGCUUUGAGGACCACAGACUGGGAUCUCGGCUGUCAUUGGCGUGGUCUCUUGGCCCUUCCUUCGAUUGAAUGGAUUUGGUGCAAGGACAACAGUGAUGACCGUAACCGGACAGUCCUAGCCCCUUGGAUCCCCUCCCUUUGGUCAGCCAUGUCGGCCAGGCGGAGCAUCUCCUUCAGACCGGCGUUGGCAGGAGCGUGAGCGUGGCCAGGACUCACUUGUUGGGAUGGACCUCCUCCAGAAGAGCAGAUACAACCACCUGCGCAACGACUCCCUCUCCUCCCUGGAGGAUGGGCCCUUGGGGGUGGCCGCGGCGGGGGUGGCGACGGCAGAGGAGGAGGAGGAGGAGGAGGGGGGCUCCCCGCCGGACCCCUUUGCGUUCCUGCCGGCGGGCUCUCUCUCCUCGUCGUCCUCGCUGAGCCCCAUGCUGCCCCUGGGGGAGCUCUCCUCGGAGUCGGAGGACAGCCCCACCACCCUCUGCUCCUUCUUCCCCAAGAUGGCCAACCUCAAGCUCUCCAACCCGGCCGCCACGCUGCUGGGCGGCUUCCGGGGCUUCUCCAGGGAAGAGCCACCCGUGCCCUCGCCCUUGCCCCCGUUGCCCCCGCCCUUGCCCCCCGUUGCCGCCUCCCCGGGCUCAGCUCUGGCUCUCUCUUCCCAGGAUAUGAACAAGCUGGGCUGCGGCGGGAAGAAGAUGCGGGUGGAAGGCGGCCAGCUGGGAGGGGACGAGUGGACGCGCCACGGCAGCUUCGUCAACAAGCCCAGCCGCGGGUGGCUGCACCCCGACGACAAGGUCAUGGGCCCCGGAGUCUCCUACCUCGUCCGGUACAUGGGUUGCGUGGAAGUGCUGCAGUCGAUGCGGGCCCUUGACUUCGGCACCCGGACACAGGUCACAAGGGAAGCCAUUGGACUCGUCUGCGAAGCCGUGCCCGGGGCCAAAGGAGCCGUCCGCAGGAGGAAGCCCUGCGGCCGCUCGCUACACUCCAUCCUGGGCCAGAGCAACCUGAAGUUUGCCGGGAUGCCCAUCACCCUCACCAUCUCCACCAGCAGCCUCAACCUCAUGGCCUCCGACUGCAAACAGAUCAUUGCCAACCAUCACAUGCAGUCGAUAUCGUUCGCAUCUGGAGGAGAUCCGGAUACGGCUGAAUACGUCGCCUACGUUGCCAAAGACCCCGUUAACCACAGAGCCUGCCACAUCCUGGAGUGCCCGGAAGGCCUGGCCCAGGACGUCAUCAGCACCAUCGGCCAGGCGUUUGAGCUGCGCUUCAAGCAGUACCUCAAGAACCCCCCCAAGCUGGUCACCCCCCACGACAGGAUGGCCGGCUUCGAUGGCUCGGCCUGGGAUGAGGAGGAGGACCCCCCUCCGGACCACCAGUACUACAACGACUUCCCCGGGAAGGAGCCCCCGCUGGGCGGCCUGGUGGACCUGCGCCUGCGAGACGGGGCCCCCGGGGCCCUCCCGCCCGGACACUUGGGGGCCACCCUGCCGGUUGGGCAGAUGUCCGGCGGAGACUACGAUUCCCGGAAACCGCAUCCCGCCUCGCAAGGGCGGGAGCGCUGCCUCUCCGGCCGCACGGACCUCUUUGACGACCCCUCCUACGUCAACGUCCAGAACCUGGAGAAGGCGCGCGCGGCCGGCCUGGGCGGGGCCACCGCCAACGGAAACAGCAGCGCCCAGAGGGACCUCUUUGACAUGAAGCCCUUUGAGGACGCCUUGCGGGGCCCUCCGCCGCCACUGCCACCGCUGCCGCCGGUGGUUCCCUCGAUGGAGGAGCAGCUGCGGCGGGAGCCCUGGUUCCAGGGCCGGCUGAGCCGCAAGGAGGCCGAGAAGCUGCUCCAGGCCAACGGGGACUUCCUGGUGCGGGAGAGCACCACCACGCCCGGCCAGUACGUCCUGACCGGACUCCAGGGCGGGCAGCCCAAGCACCUCCUGCUGGUGGACCCCGAGGGCGUGGUGCGGACGAAGGACCACCGCUUUGAGAGCGUCAGCCACCUGAUCAGCUACCACAUGGACAACCGGUUGCCCAUCAUCUCGGCCGGGAGCGAGCUCUGCCUCCAGCAGCCCGUGGAGCGGAGAGCCUGAGCGCCCCCUCCCCCCCAAAAACACAAUGGACUGGAUGGCCCCUGGAGCCCCUCCUUGGCCCCCUCCCUCCCUUCCUUCUUUUCCUCUCUCUUUCUCCUUCCUCGGUUGGGCAAAGGGCAGCCCCACACAAUCCCGGCCUGUCCUUCAGUGCCCCUCAGCCAAAGACUGUGCCCCAACAUGGCUUCCCUCCCUCCCUCCCUCCCGUUGGGCCAUUUCAGGAAGCGAACCAACAAGAACAACAACAACCACACCUCCUGCUCUUUGACCAGAGACCUCUUUGGGGCCUUUCAGUGGGGGUCACAUGGCACAAAGGCCGCCUUCCCUUUCCAGAGGCCCUUGGGGGGCUUUGCAAACACGUCUUGUGCGUUUGCGGCCAUCCAGGGAGGGCUGACACGACCUCCUCGUCUUCUGCAACUGCCCUCCCCUCCAGUGUGUGUGUAUAUAUAUACACACACACACAUACACUUUGUACUCAAAUCUAAUGCUCACCUUUUGGGGCUAAAUGUAUUUGUAAUAGUCAUCUGAGUGCCGAACCAAAGCCAAAGAGGACGCUGCUUCUAGAUCUUCUCUCAAAGGGAUGUUAGCUCUGGUUUAAAGGCCGUGGGAUCUUGGGAUGUGUAGUUUGGUGAGGCAGAGAAGGCUCAAGGCCUUGCAAAACUACAUCCCCAGGACUCCAUAGCAUUGAACCAAGGCAGCGCAGGUGGACUGCGCAUUAGAUUGGAUGCUGCAUUCGACUCAAGUCAAUACUGCAUCCCUCCACCAAGAAAAAUACCCAGUUCCUUCACCAAAUACCUAUGAUCAUACCUAUUCGACAGGUGAGCCUUGAGGUGCGCGUCCUCCCAAAGAAAAAGGCGAUGCCAAAAAAGACUGAGGAAGGCAAUGCUUUCUCCUUGCGCCCCAAGGCUGAUAAUUGCAGUGGAAGCGGUGCCAAACUGCACUUGUUCCCUGGUGUAGAUGCGCCCCGUUUGGCCACCCCGUAUUUGCAGCACUUGCAGGGAUCCCAGUCCUCGUUGAGGUCCCGUUUCCUCCUCCGAUUGAUGCAAAAGCACAAAGGGAGGCAAACCCUUCCUCUCCCAAAUAUAUUGUAACCCAGGAGUUUGCAAACUUGGGCCUUCUGUGUGUUUUGGACUCCAACUCCCAGCAUUCCUCACAGCCUCAGGCCCUUUCCUUUCCCCCCUCAGCUGCUUAAGCUAGAUGAUAGAGGGAUAGACCUGAGAAAGGCCUACCUUCAGGUCCUGAUAAAUAAGACAGGAGAAUAAUAGAUCUAAGAGAUGGCUACCUUCAGGUCUCGAUAAAUAAGACGGGAGAAUAAUAGAUCUAAGAGAUGCCUACCUUCAGGUCUCAAUAAAUAAGACGGGAGAAUAAUAGAUCUAAGAGAUGCCUACCUUCAGGUCUCGAUAAAUAAGACGGGAGAAUAAUAGAUCUAAGAGAUGCCUACCUUCAGGUCCCGAAAGCUAAGCUGAGAGAGCGAUAGACUCAAGAGAGGCCUAUCUUCAGGUCCCAAUAGACAGACAGAUAGAUAUAAUGCUUAAGCGGCUGAAGGGGAAAAGGAAGGGGCCUGAGGCUGUGAGGAAUGCUGGGAGUUGGAGUCCAAAACACCAGGCGGGAAUGCCCAAGUGCUGUAACUCAUCCCUCUCUUUCCCUCCCUCGGUCACUCUUCUUCUUCUGUGUGCCUUGACCCUUUUCUAGGUCUGAGAUUUUAUGCAAAAGCCUUUCUUCUUUGUCCUCAACACCUUCCUCCCCGAAAAGCACACUCUCCGCAGCACAGAGGAGGGAGGGAGGAAAUGGAACGCACUCUGCGCAUGCUCAGAGGGAGGACAAAGGUUGGUGGGGGGAGAGAAGGAGCGAUACCUGUACCCCCGCCUUCUCCUUCUUCCCCCGGUCUGUACAUAACUUUGUGUUGCAUGACUCUUGUGUUUAUCCUACUCCAGAAGCCAAAGUGUAGCUUCCCUGCCACCAAAAAAAAAAAAAACACACUUCCCGGACACUCCUCGGAUCACUGUGCCUGCCCCGCCUUUUCUGUGGGGCUCCGUUUGCACACACGCACACCUCCUCCUCACUCCCACGUGCACACUUUCUAUCUCUUUUUGAUUUUAUUCUCGAUUAUUAUUAUACCAAAGGAACCCAAUGGUUAUUAUUAAAGUGGGUAUUUCUGUA